UUGACAUAAAACGUCUUUAACCUAAGAAUUGUGUCACGUUUUUCUUUUGAUGAAAAUUUUAUAGAAAAUAAUUGUGAAUAAUGUCGUGGAUUUUUGGUUAUGGCAGACGCGAUCAGCAGCCCCCUGACAUGUCCCAGUUUGGGGCACCCCCGGCCGGUGGGAGUGGAGGUGCCGGUGGUGAUAUCCCUAAUGAUCCAAAAUUGAGCAAAGCUGAAAGAAGACAAAUGGAAGCUUACAGAUUCGAUUCUACAGCUUUGGAACGAGCCGCUCAAGCAGCAAAAGAACUUGAAAGAUCAUCACAUGCGAAGGAAGCACUCGAAUUAUCCAAAUUGCAAGAAACCACAAGACAUAUCGAGCAGCAGGCGAAAAUUAAGGAGUAUGAGGCGCACAUUGCUCAAAUGCAGAUUGAGGCCAAAAGGGCCGAAGCUGAGGAGAAGAGGAAAUUGCUGGUUGAGGAGACGAAGCAGCACCAGGCGAGAGCGCAGUAUCAGGAUCAGUUGGCCAGGAAGCGAUAUGAUGACCAGCUUGCCCAGCAGCAGAGGAUGAAUGAAGAAAAUUUGAGAAGACAAGAAGAGUCAGUUGCUAAACAGGAAGCGAUGAGGAAGGCGACCAUUGAGCAUGAAAUGGAAUUGAGGCACAAGAAUGAAAUGAAAAGAGUUGAAGCUGAAUUAAAGGCCAAAGCAAAAGUUGACAGGGAAAAUCGCGACUUGACUCUUGAACAAAUCAGGCUAAAAGCUACUGAAAAUCGCGUCACUGUACUUGAGAGCAUAAAAACUGCAGGAUCUGUUUUGGGGACAGGUGUACACGCCUUGCUCACAGACUGGGAUAAAGUUUUAACAGCUGCUGGUGGAUUGUCUCUCUUAGCGUUAGGUGUUUAUUCAGCAAAAGGGGCUACUAGUGUUACUGCUCGUUAUAUAGAAGCACGACUAGGAAAACCGUCUUUGGUUAGAGAAACAUCAAGAUUUUCUUUUCUUGACACAAUAAAGCAUCCCGUAGAAGCUAUAAAGAAAAUUCGAACAAAACAGCAAGAUGCUUUGUCUGGUGUGGUUUUAGCGCCACAAUUGGAAGAACGUCUUAGAGACAUUGCCAUCGCUACAAAAAAUACUAAACAAAAUAGAGGCAUGUAUAGAAAUAUUCUAAUGCAUGGCCCUCCUGGUACAGGAAAAACAAUGUUUGCAAAAAGAUUAGCAAAACAUUCAGGUAUGGAUUAUGCUAUUUUGACUGGCGGUGAUGUGGCUCCCAUGGGCCGGGAUGGUGUUACAGCAAUUCAUAAAGUCUUUGAUUGGGCUCAGAGUACCAGGAAAGGUUUGUUACUUUUCGUUGACGAGGCGGACGCGUUCUUGCGUAAACGUUCAUCAGAACACAUUUCUGAAGAUCUGCGUGCUACACUUAACGCAUUUUUGUACAGAACUGGCGAACAAAGUCAAAAAUUUAUGUUGGUGCUUGCUUCAAACACCCCUGAGCAAUUUGACUGGGCAGUGAAUGACCGUCUUGAUGAAAUGGUGCAAUUUGGUUUGCCCGGUUUAGAGGAACGCGAGCGAUUAAUUCGUCUCUAUUUUGAUAAAUUCGUAUUGGAGCCUGCGACUGAGGGCAAGCGGAGGUUGAAAGUUGAUAAUUUCGAUUAUGGGGCCUUGUGUAGCCAAAUGGCGAGGAUGACCAAAGGCAUGUCUGGUAGAGAAAUAGCAAAGUUGGGAGUGGCUUGGCAGGCGGCGGCGUACGCGUCUGAGGAUGGCGUUCUCACCGAAAAAAUGGUUUUGGAUAGGUGUAGAGAUGCAGUGAAGCAGCAUAGGCAGAAGGUUGAGUGGCAAUCUGAACAGGAAAAGAAGGAAUCGAAGAGUAUAUAUCAUUCCGAAAAGGAAGAUUCCUAUUCACCUGUAGUGCCAAAGCCAAAAUCUAGCCAGUCAGAAGAGGAAGAGAUAGAUACAGCGAAAGUUAGAUAGAUUAUAGCACCAAAUAGGGUAAUACAUUCGUACUCUGGUAGUUUUAAAUUGGCAUUCUAGCAAACACAGAACUGACUUAGUCACUGCCGUUUAUCAGUUCUGUGUCUGUUGUAAAAGUAAACAAAAUUAAACGGUUUAAGUUUACUGACGUGUUUAUAUGUUUAUACAUGUAGCGUGAUUUAUUCACCCAGUGGUUUGCAUUUAAUUCAUCAAAAUUAGAUUGUUAAAUAAUUGCAUUACUUUUUCAUAUUUAAAUGCAAUUUUUUAAACAUCUUUACAGCUCAUGGUUAUGUUCUGUUGUGAUAUUAUUGGAUGCGUCUCAGGGAAGUUUAUAUUAAAGUUCUCUGCAUUCAAGGUCAAGAUUUUGUUGCUAUUUUAAAAAUUGUCCAAUGUAAAAUACUGUAAGAUAUUUGGACUUCCUUUAAUAAAUACUUUUUACGAC